ACAAAGCUCAGAAGAAAUCAUGGCAGAAAUAGAAGUCGCUCCCGCCGCCCCGGCCCCGGACAAGGCAGUACCCGCCAAGAAGAAGAAGGCGGCGGCCAAAGCCAAACCGGCCGGCCCCAGCCUGAAGGACCUCAUCGUUAAAGUUCUGUCCGAGUCCAAGGAACGCGGCGGGACGUCCCUGGCCGCCAUCAAGAAGGGUCUGGCCGCCGCCGGAUACGAUGUGGACAAGAACAAGUCCCGCAUCAAGGUCGCCAUCAGGACUCUGGUUGCCAACGGGACCCUGAACCAGACCAAGGGCACCGGCGCUUCCGGGUCCUUCAAGCUCGCCAAGAAGGCCGCCGAGCCCAAGAAGAAGAAGGCCGCCGAACCCAAGAAAUCUCCCGCCAAAGUCACAAAAUCCCCAGUUCAGAGACCUGCUGCGGCCAAGAAGCCCAAAGGGCCGGCAACAAAGAAGCCAGCAACCCCAAAGAAGUCUUCCAAGUCGGUGAAGGCAGCAGCGAAACCCGCCAAGAAGCCAAAGAAGAACACAACGACCCCCAAGAAGGCCACCAAAAAGCCUGCAGCAAAGAAAUCCGCCCCGAAGAGGGCUACUGGUGCCAGAAAACCCAAGAAAGCAGCACCCAAGAAGAAGUGAAGCUCCACAUAAUUAAUUUACACAAAGGCUCUUUUAAGAGCCACACACAUUAAUUAUAAAGAGUUGUUUCCUAUCUCCUAUCUCUAUCGUUACAUCAUUAAUAUAUCAUAACGACUGAAGGAG